GACUUAUUGCAUGUGUACGUCCUGCAAAGUCUGAUAAUGCCAAUCUGAGUCGGUUCAUUUUAUCUGUUGGGACCGAGGAGAUGCCAUUCUAUAGAGUGAUGCGAGGGUUAGACCUUGAUCCAGGAGCCGCAGAGAAUUUACUCAAAAUGACCGAUUAUCAUACGGACUUUGACCUCAGAGCGAGAAAGAAGGUAAAACAGUCGAUAAAACAUGUUGGGCCUAUGGUGAUUAUGCCGCAAGAGGAGAGUGCUGCGAGAACUAAAAGUGGUAAGGCUUAUAGGUCACCUACAUACUUCAUGGUUGAGUAUCACUCAGACAAAAGGAGGAACCCUCUGUGCAAGUCUCAUCCACUUGUAGAAUGGCUAACUCGAACCGAGCUCAGUCAGUUCCAUUCUGUAAAGUGGGUGGAAAAGAGGUUCCAGGAGAUGCUGCCAAGUUACAAUAAAAAUAAGGCUUUCUUUGAGAAAUGUAGGGAGGAUGGGAAGCAUCCCGGUACUAAACAACCCUUGCAAGAGGGUGAUAGAUGUAACGAUAGGUAACUUACUACACAAGGUAAGAGGGGUAUAUCGCAGAGGUUUGUAUAGGGUAAAGCGAGUAUCAAGACAGGGUAAUAACUCUGACUUAUCCAGGGGGAUAAGCUAC